AUCAUCUUGAAUGGUGAAGAAGUGGAGGGAAGAUCAGAGGAACUGGAACCAUUUAGAGUGUUUUCGACACGUGAUUGUGGCCGACUGGCGAUUUCCACAAGCUUAAUGCAGAAGGCGUUGUCGAAGAUGAAAGAUAGCGACGAUCUAUUUCUUCAAAUGUUUAUUUUGUACGUAAUGGGGGUGCUAUUAGUACCAACUAGAAGAGAUGACAUUUCCUUGUCUUCGGUAUACGCUGUCACCGAUGUUGCAGACAUUCCGAAGAAGAAUUGGGCAUCCUUUUGCUUCAAUGAAUUAUAUUGGUCAAAUGCAUCUGCGACCAUAAUGCUUAUAGGAGAGAGUAUAUACCGGGUUGCUUGCUGUUUUUGGAGUUAAUAUUCUUGGAGCAUGCAAAUGGUAUUUUCCAAACCAUUGAUGGGAGUUUGGAUUUGAUGAGUUGGGAGAGCGGAGACGUGGAGUUAUUGUUAACAAAAGUGGU